UAUCUUCUCUCCAACGAAAGGAAGAGAAAAGGAAUUAAUUGACUAAGAGUCUAAGAACCUGGUUCAUGUUAAAAUGUCUUCUCACAAUGGAGUGAUUCUUAUUAGUAUUACCGUCGGAUUGGAUUGUGUAGCUGGAAUUACGGAGAUUCUGGCAGCCAGAGCUCAGUAUAUUCAGGUGAGGAAUAUAGGGAUGAAGAACAUUGUGGGGAAUUUGUCUGAUUGUAGAGCCGCAGUAGAUUUUUCCAUGACAAAUAUGCCUUUUAUAAUUGCACCAGUGUGUGUCGCCGCAGCUCAACUUGUUGCUCUCGCGUUUGGAUAUGUCAUCUACAAGGAUCUUUCUAAUAAGCUGUAUGCAAUGGCUUAUUUUCUGUUCAUUUGUUCUCUUGUAUAAUCAGGUCAAUCUGUUGGUGGAGGGUCAGCCCAAUGGUGGUGGAAGCGGCGAGCGGGGCUGACGAAGCUUCAAAAACUGGCGGUGACAGAAUGGUGGCGGAUGCAUUUUGGAAAUUUUCAGUGGAUUCAAGCGGCCAGUAGCAGCGACAGGAGUUUAGGCGGGUGGCUUGGGGCACUACAUGAGCCAGAGAAGAAUGGCUCCCGUGUGAUUGUCCUUAACAAAAAAAUAAUUUUUAUUAAAAAUAACAGAACAAUCAUUAUCCAUACACAAACAUUGAAUAGACAAUAAAUUAUAUGAGAGGUGCAGAACAUGAUAGACUGAUUUUAAUAUGAGCGGGCGGCUAACAAUGGAUAAAGUGGCAUUACCAAUGUGAGAAAAAAUGAGAUUAUGACCACUAGCAACACGAACAAAAAGCGGACCAGUAUAAUUAGAUUUAUUAAAUAAAAUACCUUCAUGCGGUGUCAUAUGAGCAGCGGCACCCGAAUUAGGAUACCAAACGUACGCACUUGUUUCACCUGUGGGAAUUGCCGCCAGAGCUGGUGUAUAGGGAUUAGUAAAGCGAGGACAAGUAAUGGCAGAGUGGCCGGGAGAAUAACACAACUGACAGACAACAGGUGAAGGAGGAUUUUGAUAAUGAUUCUCAACAGUAGGAAAUCCGACGAUGUAUGGUUGAGUAACACAAGUAGAUAAAGCAUUAAUACGAGGUAAAACAGACCCAAAAUUACUAAAUGACAUACCUAGAAAUCCAGCCUGUGCAUAACCCGAAGGAGGUCCCUGUGGCGACCCCUGCUGACCGUGAGCUAGAGCAAAAAAGGAAGGACCGGGUUGUUGCUGCCCGCCAUAUGCAGUCCCAUGCUGGCCUCCAUAUCCGGGUCCCUGCUAGCCUCCAUAGCCCCUUCCGCGGACUCAGUUGCCACGCCUCCGCGAUAGCCUCGUCCACCAUUCCCAUGCGGUGGACCGCCCCCUCGGACUGGAGGGCGAACUGCAGCGGCCUGUUCUUGGGCAACAAACGCCCGAUGGCCUGGAAGAAGAUUCUGGGAACAAAGGUAAAGGGCCCGCUACUCAAGUGCCAUUAAUUGUGGGCGUAAGGUGUCAAAAGCGAAGAUGUCUGGGAAUAACGUAACCGAGGUAAUGACGGACUCAUAUUCAUACUUGAAGCCUUGAACUAUGGCUUCAAGAAGUUCACGAUUGCUGACCGGGGAAUUAAUAGAGUUUAAUGAAUCCGUCAAAAUAAUAAUCUCACACAAGUACUCAUCCAUUGAUUGAUCCUCCUUUUUUAAGAUUGUUUAAAAUACACUUGAGUUCCAUAGAAUGAGCCACACAAGCCGCCAUAAAUCUAGUCUCCAAGCGCUCCCAAAUUAAGUAAAUAUGGAGAGUAUGAACUUCCAUUAAAAUAUUGCGUGAAAGUGUAGCAAGCAACCAUGAUCUAACAGUUUGAUCAAUUUUAAGCCAGAAGUGGUAAUCAGGAUUAGGGGCUUCACGAUUAAUGGUAUCAAAAAUAAAUUGGGACGGGGCAGCGAUGGAACCAUUAGUAAUACCUAAUAAACCAUGAGAGACCAAAAAAGACUCAACUUGAGUUCUCCACAACAAGUAAUCUUCCACCGUAUCCAACCGGGGUGGUAACAAAAUUAGUAACGUUGGGCGUAGAGAACGUUAAAUGCGACAGUAAAGUGGACAGAGGAGUAGAUUUUACCGGAGUAAUAGGCUGCCGCGACGUUGAAGGUACAUCUACGAGGGACGUGCCCGGCUGACCAUUGAAGGUGGGGCCCGUGAAAGUGGUGUGAAUAGGGGCAAUGGGCGCGGACAGAGAUGAGGCGGAAGGUAAAGCCGGUGUCGUUGUUGAUACUGUGGGCGUCCAAGUGAAGGGGUCAGGCAAGUUGAAAAGCCUGUAAGACCCGAUCGGUGGAGGCAGCAGAUGCAUCCGGUAGGAGGAAGAGAGUUGCGGUGAGAGAGUCACGCCUGAGGAAGAAAGCUGCUCCAUUCGGCUGGGCGCUUGCGGCUGGGAGAUCGUGCUGGUAAGCGGUGGUACGCCGCUUGUCUGGAGGGCCGCGCUGAUAAGCGGCGGCGUAUUGGUAGGGGUCGGCUGCACCGAAUGUGUGGACGCCGUUGAAAGAGAGGAAGAGGAUGGCAUAUUUGCUAGGGUGUUAAAGCCUAUGCUGAUGAUACCAUGUGAAAGAAUAAUUGUGGAAUAAUGGCUUACUCAUUAGGGAGCCCUAACAUUGUACUACCUCCGUCCCUCUAAGUUUGGGACAAGAGAAGGUGGCACGCUUAUUAAUAAAAGUGGGUUUAUGUGGUUGAUAUUGAAUUGAUAAAGUAAGAAUAAAGUAGGAAUGAUUUAGAACCACACAAACUUUACCAAAUAAGGCAUAAAAUAUAUGCUAAAUGGGACGGACCAAAAUAGUAAAAUGAGACAAUCAUAGCGGGACGGAGGGAGUAUUUAUUAUAAUAAAGAGUAAGAGUAAUUACACUAUUUCUAUUUUUACAUUUAGCAUAUAUUUUACCCCUAUUCGGGGAAUUCACCCAUCUUAAAACUUAUACUACUUCUAUUCGGGGAAUUACCCAAAUUUAUAAUGUAGGAAUAAUGAACCUUUAACCCAAAAAUAUGAUCAAAUUAAAUAUAAUACGUAGUACGGAGUAUGAGAUUGUGACCGAUGGAAAAAAGAAGCUAAUGGAGAUAAACUUCUAAACAAAAACAUAUUUGACUGUGUAUGUAGGGGCAUGCUUGGAAUGGGAAUUGCAGUGACUGUGUUGGGACAAAAGCUGAGCUAUUCUGAUGGAUUGUGUCGCAUCGCUCACCCCAGUUUGCUAUUCGCAGGAGGGUUUGUUUGGUUUACUCAUGGUGCCUUGGUCGGUCUGGCAUAUUACGCCAAUUCUCGGUUAAUGCAAGAUGAUGAUACACCAAGUAGCUAAAUCAAACGAUCCAUUCCAAGAACUUUAAUCCAUAUGUUAAACUUUUGUAAUUUUUAAUUUAUCGCGAUAUCGUCCAUAUCAUAGGUAUUGUUACGAUUCAACUCAUGAUUAUAUGUCUUAUACUGCAUAUGUUAAUGACAAGGUGAAAGCACGGGUUUUUCCAUUAAAUAUUAUUGAAAUAUAAUUAGUGGAUACAAAUAUUAUUAUAUGGAGUAAUCAUAUAUAGUAGAUUUGAACAUAAUCAUGGUCACUAAAGUUAC